AUGCUGGCCGGCUGGGGCGCCGCGCACUCGGCCGUGGCCGGCCUGCUGGGGGCGCUAGCCGCCUGCUCCGCUAAACUGGCUCUGGGCGCUGAUUACCUGCGGGAGGCGUGUGCAGCUGCGGCCGGAGGGGAGGAGGCGGCGGCCGCCGGCGCCUGUGUCUGGUUACACGUGGUGCUCCGAGUAGGAUGUGUCGGUCUGGUGUUUGCAUGCAAUGCUGUCAUGUGGACCUUCUUUGCAAAAGCCCUCCACUACUCCUCUUCCUCAGCGACCGCCACGGUGACAACAACAGCCUCCAACUUCAUCUCUUCGGCCUUCCUGGGCAAGCUGCUCUUUGGAGAGACUCGUGCACUCUUGUGGUGGGUAGGAAUCAGCGUGACACUCUGUGGACUCCUGCUGCUGCACACAGCUUCACCUCACACAGAACAGCAGCAUUCUGAGAAGAAGGACAAAUAG